CUCACCCCAGGUGUCCGAGAGACAAUUGUACAGUGCAUCAGUGAGAACUCCUUCUACAUAGCUGAUGACAGCAUGUGUAACAGUGAUUUCAGGCCAGCCUCCAGGAGAAAAGCUUGCAACAUUGAACCAUGUCCCCCAGUUUGGGAGGAGGGCGAAUGGAGCGCGUGCAGCCGGACCUGUGGGGAGGGCCGUCAGAUGAGACCGGUCACCUGCAAGCAGAAAUUGACCCAGUCAGUGACUCGCCCCGUCCCUCUUGACCAGUGCAUAGGUCUGGCCAAGCCUUUGACCACUCAGACAUGUAAUGAUGAGGUGGCUUGUACAUCCUGGAGAACCGGGAGCUGGGGACAGUGCUCUGCAGAAUGUGGUGAAGGUGAUCGAAGGCGAGAGCUGCUAUGCGUGAAUGAGGAUAGGAAUGAGGUACCAGAGUCGGAAUGUAGCCAUCUACCAAGGCCAGAUGAGACACAGUCCUGUAACGGUGGACCAUGUCAGACAUCUUGGUUCACCAAUGACUGGUCCACACAGUGCUCAUCAAAUUGUGGUAGUGGAACGUUAUCUAGGGGCGUCUUAUGUAGUACAGAGGGCACUACAGCCGGAGCAGUACCUGACGGUCAGUGCAGCGGUCAGCAAAAACCAGAUGAGGUCAAAACUUGUACCGAGGCACCGUGUGGACCAAAGUGGUUUACUUCAGAAUGGAGUAGGUGUUCAGUAGGAUGUGGAACAGGCACUCAAACCAGGAGUGUCGUCUGCGUGUCGUCAGACGUCUCCCCUACCAUACUCCCUACCUACCAGUGCCCUGUGUCCCGCCCUCAGACCAGUCAACAGUGCGAGGAGACGGAGUGUGCUGGAGUACAUUGGUUCACUUCGGAGUGGUCCGAGUGUUCGCAGAGCUGUGGUGGAGGUUAUCGAACGAGGCAUGUCAAGUGUCUAGACGGUCUGAUGCAGCCCAGUACAGAAUGUGAAAUCAUAGAAAGACCCGGCUUGAGGCAAUCAUGCAACAUACAACAGUGUCACAUAGUACAACCUGAUGUUCCAGCAUCUUGUACAGACAAGUUCUCUUACUGUGAUAAGAUCCAACAAGCUCGGCUAUGUUCCUACUCUUACUACCGCCAACGAUGCUGCUUCUCAUGCUAUGAACAAAACAAAAAAUAAAGAGUGGAUACCAUUUCUCUCCACUUCUCCGCUUCUGUUGGUAUGGAGUGUUAUAUCUGAGAUGGUAGAAGACUGGUAGCAUUUGGUGCAUUUAUUCCUUUAUAUGAAUAAAGUUUGCUGCAGUUUUUGCUACCAACAAAACAG